GACGUAGUAAGAACUUAAGUUCCAUUAGGGUAUCAGUCGUAGACAGCUGAAGGAGGUCUACUUUGAUAUUUGCGUAACAUGUAGUUGUUUUCUUUUUUCCAAAUGGCUGUACUAGUUAACACCUUCGCAAAACAUGCAACAGACGUGACCUCGUGUAGCUUUUCACCUAACAGUAAAGUUUUAGCUUCAAGUUCUGGGGACAAAUCCGUUCGAUUGUGGAAUAUUGAAAAUGGAAGCGAGUUGUCGGUGUCACCAUUGCUUGGGCAUACAUACAGUGUAAACUCUUGCAGUUUCUCGCCGUUUGGAACUAUACUUGCAACAGCCUCGACGGACUGUAGUGUUUUCCUCUGGGAUGUUGAUUCUGGUUCCAUGAUUACGGUUCUGCAAGGACAUAAAAACGUUGUUCGCGUAUGUCGGUUUUCACCAAACUCUCGAUUCCUCCUUACCGGUUCUGCGGAUGAAACGUUUUGUAUUUGGGAUGUAUCUUCUAAAAAGCUCGUCAAAUGCGUGGAUGGAUUGGAAAGUAGUGUGUUGACUUGUUGUUUUACGCCAGAUAGCUUACACAUAGUGACUGGAACGAGUAUGGGAGAUUUGUGUAUCUGGGAUGCUCAGAGUGGAAAAAUGAUGAAGUUUUAUGCGGAAGGACACGAUUUAGGAGUAGCUGACUGUUGCUUUUCGCCAACUUUUGGAUCAGCUAGUAAGUUACGCUUACAGUUCUUUGCAGUUUGUGUUUUUCGUAAUAAGAUUUACUGGGGGCCUUUUGAUACAAAUAUUAUCGAUCUAAUCAUUUUGAGUUGAAGGUUGUGUGACUGUUUUCGAGGGAGUUUUGAGUGCAAAAGCUUCAUCAUUAGCAAUUGGUGUGGAUCAAAUAGUCAAUUCUGUGUUGUUAUUUAUAAACUGCAUAACUCCUAGUAAUGAACUUUUGUUAAAAAGAUGCUGCUAUCUUUGCUCCUUCAGUUUGCAUCCCUGCCUAAAUUUCUCCUAUUUCAGUUUUCUAGUGGGUUAAGAAUAGCCGCUAUGACUACCUAAACAAGUCGCUUUACAAUAAUUCUUGUACAAAAUUAUCCUCACCCAGCCCUGCUAUCGAUUAUCCAUUAUUUCCUUUGUUAAGUUAUUUAAUUAGAUGAUAGAUAAUAAUGUGAGGAUUUUAUUAGUGUUGCAGGUGCACAUAUUUCAUUUGAAUAAGUCACUGAAUUAGUGAAAAAUAUUACGAUUUUCCAUACAAAUCAGUACUUCCCUAUAUUUCUGUUAGAAUGGAAGGAGAUCCAUCAGCAAACUUAGGGGUUGCCCUCAACGUACUUGAAAAAUGUUGAUUCUUAUUUUCUUGUAUACAUGUAGAUCAUAAGAGUAUGUCAUCAAUGAUUAAUUAAUUCAUACUUGAGCAUAGUUAAGCAUAACUUUCUUUUUUUUUGGAAUGCAUGUAUGGAAGAGGACUUGGGCCAUGGACAAACUGUUGAGAUAGUUGAUUAUGGUACAUUCUUCCAAACUGUCUCUCAUAUCCAUAAUCAAAUGUUUGGGUAAUUGAUGAUGGUUUGUUAAAAUCACACAAUGAACCUGCUCAGACAUCUACAAUAGCCUGUACCUUGUGAUUAUCAACAUAUAUUGUGGCCCUAGCUUUUCUACUAUUCUUGUUCUAAGCCCUAUUGUUGUUGUAUUGUGAAGAAAGUUUUUCUUUAUUUUCAAUACUCUGUCACCAUCUCCCACCUCUCAUGAUCAUUUUUCAGUUUUUAUUUUUUUAUUUUUCUCUAUAAUUUCUCAACUACCAGUAUUAUUUUUCUUUUUACUCAUUUGUUGUAUCCAAGUUUUUAUGCAAACUUAAGCAUUUCUCAGUGGCUGCUGGGAUUUCGUUUUUGUGAAUCCCAUAUGGUAACCAGCAAUGUGAUGUAUAAAUUUUGAUUUAUGAAUUUAUAAAUUGGCAUCAGGGGUGAUUUGCCAUCUGAAAUAUAUAUGACCAGUGAGUUUUUUAUUUCAUUUCAUGAAAACCUCACAAUUUCUCAGAAACCUUAUGCUCAAGAAGAAAAAUUUGAAGUUUCCUUUAGUAAAAUGUUGUAAUGGGUGAAAUGUUUUUGAAAGUAUACAUGACUGAUUCAUUUUUCUAAAAUUUUUAUGGCCAAAACAGGACCCCCUUUUGUUACUUUCUGCACAGGGCAUCUUUGUUGAAAUCUCUAGUAAAUAACUUAUUCUAUCAUCUCUUUGAAUAAAUCAACACUCCAAGCUCAAUUUUGUUUCAAAUUAAUCAUUUUAGCAUGUAAGAUUACAUGAUGUUCCAACUAUCUUGAUGAAUUUAAACAGUCAUCCAAAUUGCUUGAUUGUCUGUGUUAAUUUGUGAUAAGUUUUGAUAGGGUGGCUACAAACGCGCAUGAAUCUUAUAACUUUCAUGAACCACUGUCAUACCCUACAGGUAGCAGUACCCUCCCCUCCCUUGGUGGGGAGGGUACUGCAUGUAGGCUACCAUCGUUUAAAACUGAAUCCAGUUUUAAAUACAGAAAUGCAAGAUUUUAUUUAUUUAUUUAUUUAUUUAUGUUGAAUGAGCAGCACUUCUAACCUACGCUGUAUAACUUUGGCCUUUGUAAAGUACAGCUCUACAUGAAAAUGUUCUUGAAAUAUUCAUCAAAAUGAUUCACAGUAAAUUAACUCAUCUACUCAUAACAAUGACUCAAACCUAAUUUCUCUUUCAAUUUCAUCCCUGAAUCACAUAUUAAGAACUUCUUGAUUGUUAAACAAAUUCUGCCUUUCAGCACCUUAGGAAAUCUGUAGAGAACAGUAUGGAGAAUAUGCAUACUGAUGUUGGGGUGUAAACAACAGUAAAGGGUUAAUGAGUACAUCAAUUUUGUAAUUAAUAUUUUUCAUACUUGUUUGAUUUUGUAGUUGAAUAACAACUGUAUGUAAAAGUUAUAACCAUAAAUGAUAAUUUGUUUUAAACUUUAAUCAGCCAUGAUUUAAGUUUUUAAUCAUGUUAACCCAUUUUUCCAGUUAAGUAUACAUUUUUAAAAUAAUUUUUAUAAUAAUAGUCCCAUAAAUUAGGUUAACUCAGCAUUUAAAUCAGAUUUCUGAUAAUCACAUUUUACUUAAUACACAACUACAAUAUCUAUUUCUUGCAUUAACACUUUAAACUUUCUUUUUAAUUCUUCUUACAGUACUGAAUACUAUGGAAUCCUCAUUUAUGACACAAGUUCUUUUGCGCCGUCUUGGUCUUGAUACAAACUGUAAGCUUUUGUUUUGCUGCAGUGUGUGAUUAUAAGAUAUUGAAUUAUCUAACAUUAGUAGUACCGAGUUUUCUAACGUAUUGUAACCUUAAAGAACUGUUUUAAGAUAUCUAAAACAAAUUUUGUGAAGGUUUUUAAAUUCUAGCUCACUUAAAAUGUGUUUAUAGUUAUUUGCCUUAAUGUGUACUAUUUUAUCAAGGGCUGCAUCUAUGCAAGAUGGCAUGAUCAUUAAAUAAUGUUGGGUUCAACAGAUACGCCAAAAAAUUUUUUUUUCCAUGAAUUGUAUCAUGACAUAAGCCAACAUUGUGUUAAUGUUGCAGAUCCUGCUUUCCAAGACACAAGUGGUGGUGCCCCACAGUUCAUGCUUGCUACAGGUGGAAAUGAUAACCUUGUUAAGCUGUGGGACAUUUUCACUGCUUCAGGUACUAAUGCCAGCAUAGUGAUGCAAUUUUUUGUGUAUUUCUUUCAUUGAUAAUUAGAUUAAAUCUUUCCUUAACUUGCUGACACCACUUUUAGCUCCCAAGAUUCUGAUUGGUAACUCUCCCCUCUUGCUUCUACACCUUUUUUGUAAAUUAGUUAGGAGAAUUUGGUACUUGAUUAAGAUGAUUAUAACAACUUGUACCUCUGAGUAUUCUCAUUACCUGUUUGCUAGAUAAUGUAUGGAUGUUAUAGGGAUGAGCUAUAUGUUUAUUACUUCUUGGAUUCAAAGGAUUAACUCUGACUGACAAUGUGAUAAUUAAUGAUUACUAUUAAUGUUAACUCUCCCUUCCAGAUGCAAUACAUUUCUUUCUCAGUUGAGAGAAUUUUUCAUCUGAAAUGUUUUUCUUUUCUCUUCAUGCCAUUUGUUAGAUAAUGUAUUGAAAUUUUCUCAAAUUAUUUUGAUAGCAUUUUCAGCGGAGUGCCACAUCCGUAAACGCUGUUCACUAAAUGGUCACCAGGGCCCAGUGCAUGGCAUUGCUAUGUCACCAAAUGGCAAAAUCAUGGCAUCAGGGUAAGCAAGCUGUGCUACUGAUCACAAAGGGCCAGAUAAAGUCUGUAGAGAGAAAAAAGGGACUUCAUGGUAAACACAAAAGCCCUCUGUUUCACUGUGACCUUUAACAGGAAUUAUAUCUGUAACAAGAGAAGCAUGAUCCAAGAAAACCUAUCUUUUCCCUAAUUCUUUGCACACUGUGUGGAGAUUCAGCUUGAGUGUUUAAACAUGUGAGUAGUGCAGCAAAGCUUGCCACAACAUUGGUUAAAUUUACUACCAAUUUGUACCAGAUCUUGAAAACCUUGUACAUCUUGUUACAUGCACAAUUUUUUUGAGGGCAUCAGUUUCUUAAAUAGUCAGAAGCUUAGGUCCAUAGGCAAGGAAUGUGUUUUUCCUGGUCAAACACAAACGGGGAUCAAGUGUUAAGUAUACUUUCUUGUUUAUUUAUUUUGCAGGUCUUCAGAUAAGUUAGUUAUCCUUUGGGAUCCAGUAAGUUGAUGGCAGAAAAUGUGUUUAAUUACUUUAAGUUCAACUCCCAUACAUACCUGAAUUUUUUUCAGGCUUUAUUUUCACUACUGCUUAUUAAGUAACGUUCCUAACUGCAGUGAUCUCUCUCAUCUUCAUUUACUAAUCAGCAAUUCAGAUGUAUCAUAUUCAUGUAUUCAUUCAUCAAACCUUAAAACUGGCUGAGCUUUUGACCAAAUUUUUCAUGAAGUGCUCUCACAAUGACUGACUGGGUUGUACAUUUCUCAAAAUUUUGAUACUUUGUCUUUCUUUGUGAACUCAUUAUACUUUUAGGUUCUCUUUUGUUUUAAUUCACUUUCAAGAAAAGCAAAUGAUUGCAAAUUUUCAUGGGGUUUUUUGUGUGAAAGGAAAUAUGUAUUUGACUCUAGAAUGAGUACCUAUGGUUAGUAAUGAUUACCUGGGGAAUUUCUUUUUAACAGUUACUGGGAGUGUCAUUGCUAACAUUGGAGGGGCAUACAAGGUAUGUUUGUGGAAUUAACCCUGAUCACUCUAUUUGCUAGAUUAUAUGUUAAUUUUUUUGCAAACCAGGCAUGUUGCUUAACCCUUUUUUCCUGGGAGUGACCAAAAGGGAAUUUCUCCCCACAUUGUUGAUAUAUAAUCAAGCAGAAAGGUGACAAGAAGACAGAAAAGUUUUUUUAAUUUUCAGAGCCAAAUUUAAAAAAAAAACAUAGCAGACAGUGGAGAGAAUUGAUAUUUGGAUCUUAGGAAUGAAAGUGAUUUGUAGAAAGCACUCUUUUCAGGGUAGCACUUAUUUAAAAAAUUAUUAUAUUUCUUAAAACAAUCAAAUGUAUGCUAACAUAGAGAACCACAAAUUUAUAGAGAAGACAAAUUUACGUAACCCUUUAACUCCCACAAGUGAUCAACAUGAAACUUCUCCUGAUAAUAUCCUUACAUUAUUCUGCAAACAGCUGAUGAGAAUACUUGAACUUACCAGGUAGAAGUUGUUGACUUGAUCUACUGGUAACCCCAAAUUCUCAUACUAAUUUACAAGGAUAUGUGUAGCAGCUAGAGGGGAGAAUUAUCAAUCAGAUCUUGGGAGUUAAAGGGUCUCAUAUUGGCUGUUACUAAUGAAAGAAGGUAUUGAGACCUCUGUGGUGAGGACUCAUAUUUAUCUUCUUUAUUUAGGUAUGUAACUUGUUGUGCAUUUUCUUUGGAUGGGAACUGGAUGGCGACAGGAUCAAAUGACAGAAUGGUGAAGCUUUGGAAAAUUUGUUUAACUGAGAGUGGUACGUUCAUAUGCAUACAAAAUUUUAGUAGCUGUUAGUUAUUUCAUAUUUAUCAUUUGGGAUGGUUUUUUUCCUUUACAUUAAAAAAAGGGGUCACCUUUGACCUGCAAAUGACUACAUACAAAUUAUGGUCUGUUCAUGCACAGUGCUGUAGAGCUGCAUUUUAGGCCAAUUAACAUCCUUUUCAUGUGUAUCUGCAAUCACGUAUGAAAUAUUUCCCUUCCAAGCUGAAUUUUUUUUGGUGUGCUUGCCUGGCAUUUAUCAAAGUAGUAAUGUGCUGCACUCCAAACCAAACAGGUGAACUGGACCAGUCAGGCAGAUCGACAUCAAAGCCAAUUCUUCAGAGUACACUGGUGAAGAAACAGGAGCCUCAGGUAUGGUUUGUUGAUUGAUCAUCACAGAUUAAAUUAGAAAGCCACCUUUUAAACAUUGUGGUUUCAUGAACUUAGGCAGGGAAGUCAGACACUCUAGCAGUUCUAGCUUUUCUGAUAAUUGUUGAUUUACUGUUUCUUGCCUUUGAGAUGAUUUUGUCAUAAUUAUUUAAUGAAAAAUUUUCUUACUGAAGGUAGCUGUGUAUUUUUAUGAAAGUUUGACUGUGUUUGCCUUUGGUUCAUACUCAGGAACCCAAGAAACAAAGGAAGAAACUUGUGACAUGGAGUAUUGAUGAUGUCUGUAGCUGGCUUAUAUCACUGGAUCUUGAUAUUUACUGUGAAUCAUUCCGUCAGAAUGCCAUUGAUGGAAUGGAGCUGUCUAAUAUGACCAGUGAAGUGUUGACAUCAGACCUUGGUAUUGGUGAGUGGAGUGAUACAUCUGACUUAUUAUUUCCUCAAAUUUUAUGAUUUAUUGAUAAGAGGGCCAGUUGGAAUGAUAUGCAGAAUUACUUUCCUUUCUUAAACCUUUCACUCCCAAGGUUUUAUUAUGGAAGUCUUGGUCGUACUGUCCACUGUGACUUUCUGAAGUUACAUUGAUCAACAAAAGUGUUGGACAGUGGCCACUGUUCUUCUACUGAUGUGAAUUCUUGUUGAUCCAAGGGAUAUUUUAUUCCUUGAUAUUAGCGUGAUGAAGGUAAUCCGUUCUCACCAAAGCCCCAUGACUGACUGACUGCUUUUACCCUUCAAUCUUCUAGAGGUGAUUGACAGCCGCCAUCUUCUCACACUUGAAAUCUGUUUACCCGCAAACUAUUUCAACAUGUUAUCUAGAUCUAAAACCGAAUUCUCCUAUAAACCAAGUUUUCAAGAUUUGUGUCACAACCAUUAGGGAGAAUUAGAGGCGUGAAUUUGGGACUUAGAAGGUUAAAGAACAAACUGGAUGAAGUUUACAAAGCACAUCUUUUAUCCCAAUUUAUAAUUGAAAAAAUCAGAAGACCAACUUAUCGAAUCAUUUUCAGGUCCAGCUGGUCAUCGAAAUAAAAUUUUGCGAACAGUUAAGGAAAUUAAGAAGGAGGAACUAGAGGAAGAUAUACCUGAUGAAUUUCUGUGUCCCAUAACAAGAGAAAUAAUGACUGAUCCUGUCAUUGCCGCAGGUUGGCACAGUUUCUGGUUUUUAAUUACGUUUUCUUCUUAGUUGGAAACGUGGUAGCCCCGUGGUUAUGUAACUUGUUUCUGACUGUAAGGACAAGGGUUUGAACCUUGGCCGGGGUACUUAGCUUUUUUCAGAGGGUGGGUUGGGCAAACCGUUAGGGAAAUCUGAUGAAAUGUGAGAGGGGGGAGCUCUCUUUCUGUUGGUGGAGACCAAUAUUAAGUGAUUUCUGAAAUAUAGUUCUGAGUGAAUUGGCUAAAACGUUUUUUUUUUAUUUUUUAUUUUGUCUCUUUUUUUCGUCUCACAAGAUGGCUACACGUAUGAACGUGCAUCUAUUGAUGAAUGGCUGACCUCUGGUCGUCUAACAAGCCCGAUGACAAAUGCUCCUUUGAAGAAUUCUUCUCUGACACCCAACAGAAUGCUCUUUAUGCUGAUACAGAGACACUUUAGUGGGCAAAAUAUUAACGUUUGAUACGUAUGCACACUCGCUGACUCAUCUAAAGUUUUUAUGUGUGCGACAAGAGUACUUUUUGUCAUCGUAAUAAUUUGUUAUUUAAUGAUUUUAAAUUAAUGUAGUUAAAUGUAGCCUUUCCGGGCUGUCACAUUGUAUAAAACAUCGCGAAAGCGGGCGUCUGAGAGAAAAUAGGGUGGGGAACUGGAGAGAGGGAAGGAAAAUCUCUCGCCCCAACCCCUCUCCCUUCCUUGGCCUACCCUCUUCAGAACCCCUUUUCGUUUUUCCUUACUGAUGGAGGGUUUGGUAGGACUAAUUUCAACAACCUUAUCCGUAUGUUGGAAGAUAUUUUGCUAUGUCCCAGAUAUUUAAAAUGCGUUACUACAUAGUGAGCUAGAGGUGCCCUAGUAAUGUGGCGGCCGCCUCAUGGGUGAUGUAAAAGCCCUAUCGCACAUGCUCGUUUUGAUUUUAGAUAUUUAGAUACACUUUGGAUUUGAACGAUCCAAGAGGACCAUUGGGAAACGAUGAACGCAUUUUGAGGGUUCCCUUCAUAGAUCCAAGGAGAGGACCAUUGGGAAACGAUGAACACAUUUUGAGGGUUCCCUUCAUAGUAAUCACUAUAACAAGCAAAAACGGCCUCAGCUAAAAAAGUUGGUGCCGUUGUUGAAAUGUUUCGUUUUGAAAUACGCAGUUGUUGACAAUAUUUUUUUGUGCGAAACAUUACAUUGUUUUUGAGUCAUGAAGUCUUUGUGAGAAUGAGCAACCGCCAUCAGGAAAAAAAAUGUCACGCUUGAGUCAAGUAUGUUGGUAAAGGAGGAGGAGGAAUUUGCUACUGUUUAAUUACUUAUAUCAACUUUGUAUCGAAACACGGUCAGUUUGGCCACUCUUGAUUUCAUCAAAAUAUGUAAUCUACAACCUGGCGAUGCGGCAAUUCGACUUACACUGGGGCCCCGUUAACUUGAAUUUGGUCGACGCGAAGCCUCCUUGUAACUCGAACAAGAUCCGAUUUCCCUUGACCCAUUUUUCAGUCAUUUUCCCUUAACAAACUCGAACCCCACUAGCUUGAACCUUUUUUCGCUUUCCUUUGAAGGACUAGUUUGCGGGGUUCUACUGUAUCGCUCUUAUUUUAAGCAUUGCGCCACUGUUAUAUUGGUUGUCUCUAUUUAUGUUCCACCUUCAACUGGUUAACUUUCGGUUUCUAAGUUACCAAAAUAAACAAGUAGUGCAUCACCAAACAUGUUCUUUAGCUUUUUGCAUUCAGUUCGUCAUGACCAAUUUCCAUAAAUCUCGGAUCAUGUCAUGAGGUGCACAAAUGUUUCAUCGAUUUUUAAACUCGAUUAAAAAUGACUAUGCUAGGAGGUAAAAAGUUGAAGAGGAAUGAAUUAAAACUUUGAAUCUUCUGACCAGUAUCUAAUUUCUCCUUACAUUAUCACUCCUGAAUCAAACACAGAGGUCUUGUGGGUAAUUUGUGUGUGAAUUUUUGAUAGGUUGGUUUCGCACGGACAUGAAAGUUGUAACUUUCACGAAGUAUCAUCACUGCUUGACUCCAGCUUAGAUAAAGUACUGCGAGAAGUUUUUUUAUUUAUAAAUAUAUAUUGAAUGAGCAGCAGUUUCCUAUAGCCUACAUUGCUUGAUUUUGGCCCUUGUAAAGUACAGCUCUUCAUGAAAAUGUUCCCUAGUUAUUUAUUAAAAAUUAUCAGUC